AUGCCGCCAAAGGGGAAAGCAACGAUAACGACAGCUCAAAAGAAGGCUAGCAUUUUGAGAUUCUUUCAAGACCAGCACUCUGUGUAUAACAUCAAAGAGCUGGAGAAACUCAUACCCAAAAAAUGUAGCGGUGUAUCGCCCAUGUUGGUGAAAGGACUGAUCCAAGAAAUGAUCGAGGAAGAUGGAAUCAUAUCGAUGGAAAAAUGCGGCAGUACUAACAUUUAUUGGUGUUUUAAGAAUCAAAUUAUCAUGAAAACACAAUUGGAGAUGCGCUCGUUGAAUUCUCGAAUCGAAGCCUCCGAAAAUGAGGUGCUACAGAGUAAAAGAGUACUUCAGAAAAAUGCAGAAAGUCUUAGGACGGAGGUCUAUCAGAUCGAUGGAGCAACAUUUUCUCGGAGAGAGCAGCUUGAAACGCUAGAAUCUCUGACUGCUCAGGUGAAAAAUCUACGUGCUGAACGCGAUAAAAUGCUCGAAACCACCUGGGACAAGUCCCAAAUGAAAUCGAGAACCGAAGCGUUGCAACCUAAACUCCGAAAACUCGAAUCGGUGACUGAUAAUUUGGAAUUACUGACUGGUUUCCUUUCUAGACGUUUUCUGGUGAACCUGAGCGAUUUAAAAAACGAGUUGGGUAUUCCUGAAGAGUUUCUAGAGUUUUCCGAUCUUCCCUCUGUGUGA